AUAAAAGAAUUUUUUUCUUGUUCCCCAAGCCAGCCUUUCCAAGCUUUUAGCAAACCCAAGAGAAACCCCCUCCAAUUCCUUUCAUUCAGCAUUCCUAAUUUCUCUGGUCUGAUAUUUUGGCAAAGAAGAUGAUGAUGAGCCACUGCGCGAAGAGGCUUGGCCGAUCGGCCCCGCGCUAUUUCUCCACGGCGAUUCUCCGUCCGACGACUACUAUGGCUGCCAGGGGUGCCGGGAUCGGAGGAGUCCGCAGCGCCGCCGCUUUCUUCACUGGGAACCCGGCUAUGGCUUCCGAGGAAGCGCUGGUGACGUGGAUGAGGUUACCUGCCAUGGGAUCCAGAAUGAUGGGCACGGUGGCGCUUGGCGACAAGCAGCAAGACGAUAAGAAAAACGAGCAGAGCGCCGCCGCCAGUACCAGCCCUACUGGUGGGGAAAUUGUUAGUUAUUGGGGCGUUCCGCCGUCGAAAAUUUCCAAAGAGGAUGGCACAGAAUGGAAGUGGAGCUGUUUCAGGCCAUGGGAGACAUACAAGGCCGAUUUGAACAUAGAUCUGAAGAAGCACCAUGUCCCGAUUACAUUCUUAGACAAAUUUGCAUACUGGACGGUCAAGUCUCUCAGAUUUCCCACUGAUAUCUUCUUCCAGAGGAGGUAUGGAUGUCGUGCAAUGAUGUUGGAGACGGUGGCUGCCGUGCCCGGCAUGGUCGGAGGGCUACUGCUUCACUGCAAGUCCCUCCGGCGAUUCGAGCGCAGCGGGGGCUGGAUCAAAGCACUGCUGGAAGAAGCGGAGAACGAGAGGAUGCAUCUGAUGACGUUCAUGGAGGUUUCUCAGCCGCGGUGGUACGAGCGUGCUCUCGUGUUCGCCGUCCAGGGCGUCUUCUUCAACGUCUACUUCCUGACCUACGUCAUGUCCCCCAAGCUGGCUCACCGCAUUGUCGGGUACUUGGAGGAAGAGGCCAUUCAUUCAUAUACAGAGUUUCUCAAGGAGCUUGACAAAGGUAAUAUCGAGAACGUGCCUGCUCCGGCAAUCGCCGUCGACUACUGGCGCCUCCCGCCGAAUUCUACUCUCCGGGAUGUUGUCAUGGUUGUCCGGGCUGACGAGGCCCAUCACCGUGAUGUCAACCACUUUGCUUCUGAUAUUCAUUACCAGGGACAACAACUUAAGGAUUCUCCAGCUCCUCUUGGAUACCAUUAAGGUGUUACUGAACUCAGGUCUGGUCAUCUAUGGCACUACUGAUUGAGGAAUCAGGAACAUUUUCCCUCAAACUUUUUGUGUGGAAUUUUUUGUUUUGCUUUCGGGGUUACUUUAUAUGGAUCAUACACUUCGAAAUGUAUACAGUUAAGGCAUGAAUGUGUUGUGGCUUUGUGAGUGUUAAUAUGUUCUAUCCAAUAAAUUAUUAUCAAGUCUGUGUUACACUUGAUGUUUAAAAAAGCCUUCUCAUCCUCCAGGGUGAUGUGGCGGUGAUGUGGCGGCCCUGAGAAGGUGAUUCACACACAAUAGCAGUCCAUAUCAAUGGCCUAUCCGGAAGGGGCCUAUCUUUCUUUUAGACGCCCCUCUGCCCUCGGGCCUAAUUGUGUAGGGUCACUGGGAUUUUACUCACCCCUUCUGCUAAAGUUUCACCUUAUUCAUCUAGUUCCAAAUCAGGAUCCCGCGUCCCUGUCUUACUUUGGUUCAAGGAGGGUGUUCGUUUACAGUCACCGAAUUAAAAAAUAACUAUGGAAUAUGAAAUCGC